GGGUGAAAUAUCCCCGGUCUACUGCCUGACAGACCACACUCUGGGUUUACCUCUGUGUCCUUCAGAGAGCUAAGAUGUCUGCCGCGGUGAGAAGUCUGGGCUCCAGUCUGGGGAGAAACCUUCGGGAGCUCCGCCUGCACCUCUGCCAGACCUCCGCGGCCAGCAAGGGGGCCAGGGACUUCGUGGAGCAGAACUAUGUGACCCUGAAGAAGUCCAACCCAGACUUCCCCAUCCUGGUCCGGGAAUGUUCUGGAGUCCAGGCGAGACUGUGGGCCCGCUACGAGUUCGGUAAAGAGACCAGCGUCUCCGGAAACAUGUCAGCUGAUCAGGUGGGACAGGCUCUGCAGACUCUGGCUCAGUCCAAACCUUAACGUCAGAUGGAAGUGGUCCGGUCCAAACCCCCCUCCCCGGUGAAAGUGGUCCGGUCCAAACCCCCCUCCCCGGUGAAAGUGGUCCGGUCCAAACCCCCCUCCCCGGUGAAAGUGGUCCGGUCCAGGAUCGAUUCUCCUGAAUUCUGUGUUGUUUAUUUUUCCUGUAAAUGUGUUGAUGUGAAUAAACCUGAAUAUUCUUGA